AUGCCAGAAAAAGUGCUCGAUUUAUUUGAUCAAAUGAAUAUCCAACCUGAUCAAGUUGUUUUCAAUACUCUAUUUAGUGCUUGUGCACAGCUUGGGAAUGAUCGUGCUAAAGAAAUUGGAAGAAAACUUCUUCAACAAAUGCCUCAACAUUUUCAUAAUGAUAAUGUUUUACUCAAUUCAGCAACAUAUAUG